GGAAUUAAAUUCUAAAUCACGCAUGCGCGCUGUGUUACGCUGCCGUAUGAUAUUAAGAUCGACCCCAGGGUAUUACUAGAGUAAGCGUUCGUGGAGUUUUCCACAUAACUUGUUUGAUUCGCCUGAAUCAGAGCCAUGUCGAAGGUGUAUGUCGUACUUGGAGUGGACAGUGCUGUUGGUGCAGCAGUAGCUUUUCAUCUCGUUAAACGAGCGACCGUGAAAGGCGUUCCUCUUGGCAAUCCAAGAGGGAAAGGGGAGGUUGACCCUCCCCCUGGCGUGGAAAUUAUUCGGUGCGGGCCUCAGGAUGUCAAAACUAUGGAACAAAUCCUGAAAGGAUGUGAUGGAUGUUUUGUAUUCACGUUAUCAGAUUUUCGGAACGACCGUAGUUUCAUGGUAAACGAAGCGGAAUACGGGCGAACAAUAGCGACCGCAUGUAAGAAUGCGAAUGUACCUCACACAAUCUACUGCACAGAGCCACACACUGGCGAUAUUCAGGGUAUAGGCGCUCGUCACAUGGUCGCUAAGGCUGAGACCGAGCAGUGUCUCCGUGUACACAACAUCCCCCUCACCUUACUGAUCCUACCCCGCAGAUACGAGGACAUCGUCGACUACAUGGCACCAGAGAAGGUCGGCAAUGAAUUCGUGUUCGAACUUCCGAUGGACACCGAGAUCCCUCUGAACAUGAUUAGUGCACGUGAUUUGGGGCCGAUAGUGGAGAAAAUCUUCAACAAUAGGGGAACUUACACGGACAGACGGACGAACCCAGGUCCUAUCAGUGUGUGUGGGAGCAAGGUGUCUCGGCAGACCUUCGCUCAGUGUCUCUCCUAUAACCUGAGUCCCCUCAAGUUCUUUGACAAACCGUUGACCCACAAUAAAUACCGUGAAUCGUCCUUCACGUAUCCCUGGAGGGAUGACUACGCAAAUAUGUUUCUCUUCCUGAUGCGCACGCGUUGGGACCAUAUGUACAGCGACAAAAAGACACGUGAACUCAACCCUGAAACAAUGUACUUCGAGGAAUGGGUACAAACAAAUGCCCAGGCACUUUAUACUGCAUACACCGAGGUGAAACCCGAGGACAGACUACGCUGGUGGUUCAACAAAAUGUACACUAGGUAGUACUGAGUCACCAUGGCAACAGGAAUAAUGAGGACGUCUUGAUGCUGGACAGGGAAAGAGUUUCUUUAGAUACUGAAUACUGUGAUAUCAACAGGGAGUUAGACAACAAACUGUUUAAAAUGAGAUAUUUACACGAGAAAUGUGGAAGGCUAACAGUGAUAGUUACACGAAACAAAACCUGGUUUGCUCUUAAAUGGCAUGAACAUUUAUAGAUAACCCUCAUGAUUUCACAGCGUACACUGAAGAUUAGCAUGUCCCUCAAACAGGUGAAAUCUUUUGGUUAAUUUUCUGGAAUUAAAACGGAGAGUACAUGUACAACUGGCCUUUCAUGCGUACCUACCCUAGACAGUGUUCUAGGAACAGGAACUCCAGUGGUUCUUGUGUUUUGUACCGUUACAACCUUGACCAUUUAUAACGUCAUAGCGUAAUUGUGAAUUUAUACUAAUGUGUUCCUUGACGAGCAUUGUAAACUCCUUAGUAGUGCCGAGUCUUGGGAGUCGUGUAACUACAGGGCUUCGGAAAAAUAAGAGAUCUAAUGAGUGUGAAAUACAUUAAAAUAGCUUCAAAAUAAGUUUUUGCAUCAACAGUAUAUUCCGCUUUAUAUCACUCAUCAUUUGGCAAGGAAUCGUGUUACAUUAUGAGAAUGUUUUAUAUAAUUAAAAGUGUUUUUCUAACAUUUUCUACUGACUUAAAAUCCCGUCCUAACUGAAGUUACAAUAUACAUGUAAUUAGUUUUAGAGCAGACGGUCAGAAAUGUUCUUCCGACGAUCAAGAUUGAUUAAAGCCAAAGUUGUUUUGCCCAGUUUUUGUAUUUAAAGACUUAUCAAAGACUUUCCGUUUAAGUAUUACAGUUUUAAUGAACAUUUAAAAUGAAUAAAUCUGAUAAAAAGAUC